GAAGAACGAGGUGUGCGGAGCCACACGGGGAGGAGGGAGGGUGUGCCAUCGCGGGGAGAGCUGCUCCUCCACACCAGACGCUGACAUCCCUCCAAGCUGGAGGAGCGAGGAGGACCUGCUCUCCUCUCUGCGGAAACCCGGAUAAUUGCGCACCUCGGCUGGGAAGAUGGUGGUGCUGCUGCCAGCGGUUCUUCUUUGCACUGUGAGCGUCCUCGGCGGAGCAUCAGCCGCCUCUCACUAUAACUGCAACGGUCCUCUGCUGUCGGGCCUGCCACACUCGUCGUUUCAGAGCUCGUCUCAGUCCUCGGCCACUCACGCUGCCUUCUACGCCAAACUCAACCGGAGAGAUGGAGCAGGGGGCUGGUCUCCCAUGGUGACAGACCAUGACCCGUGGCUGCAGGUGGACCUCCGGGAGCAGAUGGAGGUGACGGCUGUGGCGACACAGGGACGCUACGACAGCUGGGACUGGGUCAGCAGUUACUUGCUGCUCUACAGUGACACGGGUCGCAUCUGGAAACAGCACAGGCACGAGGACGGGCUAGAGAGGUUUGUCGGGAAUGUCAAUUCAGAGACCGUGGUCCAGAACAAGCUGUCCCACCCGCUGAAGACUCGUUUCCUGCGCUUCGUCCCUCUCGACUGGAACCCCAGCGGGUGGAUGGGUCUGAGAGUGGAGGUGUUCGGAUGCUCCUACAAGUCAUACGUGGCUGAUUUUGAUGGCAGGAGCUCGCUGCUGUAUCGGUUCAACCAGAAGUCCAUGUCAACAGUGAAGGAUGUGAUUUCUCUGCGCUUCAAGAGCCAUCAGGCUGAAGGUGUUUUACUGCAUGGAGAGGGUCAGCGAGGAGAUUACAUCACCCUGGAGCUGCACCGAGGAAAACUGGACCUCUACCUAAACCUAGACGACAGCAGGUCAAAGUUCAGCAGCCGCCGUGUUCCUGUCACCGUGGGCAGCCUGCUGGACGACCAGCACUGGCACUCCGUUCACAUGGAGCGCUUCAACAAACAGGUCAACCUCACGGUGGACUCGCACUCACAGCACUUCCAAACCAAAGGAGACGGACACUCUCUGGAGGUGGACUACGAGCUGAGCUUUGGAGGCAUCCCUCUGCCGGGUAAACCUGGAACGUUUCUGAGGAAGAACUUCAACGGCUGCGUGGAGAACCUCUACUACAACGGCAUCAAUGUUAUAGACCUGGCAAAGAGACGCAAGCCUCAGAUACACAGCGUGGGCAAUGUGACCUUCUCGUGUUCUCCGCCCCAGCUGGUGGCGUGCACCUUCCUGAGCUCCAGCAGCAGCUUCCUGUCGCUUCCGUCUGCUGCUCCUGCCACCGGGGAGUUCUCUGUUCGCUUCCAGUUCAGGACCUGGAACCCGGAGGGGCUCCUGCUCUCUGUGCAGCUCAGCCCAAGUCCUCAGAAACUUGAGCUGCAGAUCAGCAACAGCUGGCUUCACCUGACCCUCCACAGCGCCGGGCGGCAGAGAUCAGAGGUUUCUGCAGGUCGCAGGGUGAACGACGGACUGUGGCACGCUGUGAGCCUCACCUGCAGGAAUCUCCGGAUCAGCCUGACGGUGGACGGCGAGCCGUCCUCCAACGUAGACCUUUGGGAACAAGUCGAAUCAAAAGGCAGCUUCUACUUCGGAGGCUGUCCUCCCAUGGACUGUCAUGUCCACACUCCUGCCUUCCAGGGCUGCAUGCAGCUCAUCUCCAUCAACAACCAGCUGCUGAAUCUCACUCAUGUGCAGCAAGGCUUUCUGGGAAGUUAUAACGAGCUUCAGUUUGAGACAUGCAACAUGAAAGACAGAUGCCUGCCUAACCUGUGUGAACACGGAGCUCGCUGCUCUCAGACGUGGAGCUCCUUCUCCUGCGACUGUUCGGGAACGGGAUACUCUGGAGCAACGUGUCACAACUCCAUUUACGAGUCGUCCUGUGAGACCUACAAGCUAAGUGGCAGCUCCUCGGGCUUCUACUUCAUUGAUCCAGACGGGAGUGGUCCCCUGGGGCCCACACAGGUGUACUGCAACAUGACAGAGAACAAAGUGUGGACGAUCUUGUCCCACAACAGCACAUCUCCAGUCAGAGUCCCCGCCUCCUCUCCUCAGAAACCGUACAACGUGAAGUUCAGCUACAACGCGUCAGCUGAUCAGCUACGUGCCGUCAUCUCUGGGUCCGACCAGUGUCAACAGGAAGUAGUUUACACCUGCAAGAGAUCCAGACUCUUCAACACGAAAGAUGGAAGUCCGCUGUCCUGGUGGCUGGAUCGAGAAGGAGAGAGGCGGAGCUACUGGGGAGGCUUCCUGCCUGGAGUUCAGCAGUGCUCCUGCAGCCUGGAGGAGAACUGCAUGGACAUGAAUUACUUCUGUAACUGUGACGCUGACAGAGACACGUGGGCCAAUGACACGGGGAUCCUCUCCUACAAAGACCACCUUCCAGUGAGCCAGAUCUUUAUUGGAGACACCAACAGGACGGGAUCAGAGGCUGUCUACCACGUUGGUCCUCUGCGUUGUUAUGGAGACAAGUCCAUUUGGAACGCGGCCUCUUUCUACCAGGAGUCUUCCUACCUCUACUUCCCCACCCUGCAGGCAGAGCUGGCCUCUGAUAUCUCCUUUUACUUCAAGACCAGCACUCCCUCUGGAGUGUUUCUGGAGAACCAGGGACUGAAGGACUUCAUCAGACUGGAGCUGAGCUCUCCCUCGGUGGUGACUUUCUCCUUUGAUGUGGGCAACGGUCCGGCGGUCCUGUCCGUGAAGUCCCACCUGCCCCUGAAUGACAGACAGUGGCACUACGUGAGGGCAGAGCGGAACGUGAAGGAGGCCUCCCUGCAGGUGGACCAGCUGCCCCUCCGCUUCCUGGAGGCUCCUGCUGAUGGACACCUUCGCCUGCAGCUCAGCAGCCAGCUGUUUGUGGGAGGAACCGCAUCCCAGCAGAGGGGCUUCCUGGGUUGCAUAAGGUCUCUCACGGUCAACGGCAGGAGCGUCGACCUGGAGGAGAGGGCCAAGAUGACACCAGGAGUGACCUCCGGCUGCCCCGGCUACUGCAGCGGCUCCAGCAGCCUCUGCCACAACCGAGGGCGCUGCAUUGAAAAGAACAAUGGCUACAUCUGUGACUGCUCACAGUCUGCCUACGGAGGGACCACCUGCAACCAAGAGGUGUCCGUGUCCUUCGACAGAGAGUCCUCGGUGACCUACACCUUCCAGGAGCCCUUCUCGGUGAUGCAGAACAGGAGUUCUCAAGUCUCCAGUGUUUCCAAAGACAGCAGGGCCAGAGAGGAUGUGGCCUUCAGCUUCGUCACCUCCCAGAGGCCGUCCAUGCUGCUGACUGUCAGCACCUUCAGCCAGCAGUACAUCGCGGUCAUCCUCACCAGAAACGGGAGUCUUCAGAUCUGGUAUCACCUUCAGACAGACCGGAGUCCAGACGUGUUCGGUCCCGCUCUCGGGAACCUGGCAGACGGCCGUCUUCAUCGGAUCCGGAUGCACAGAGUUGGCAAAAACCUCUACGUUCAGAUCGACCAGGACAUCCACAGAAAGUACACACUGUCAUCUGAUGCAGAGCUGAUCUUAAUCAGAUACUUGACGCUGGGCAAAGUCAUCAGAAUGGAGAACUUGGACGAAGAGGUGAUGAAAGCAGCUUCCAAAGGUUUCAUUGGCUGCCUCUCAUCGGUCCAGUUCAACCACGUCGCUCCGCUGAAGGCAGCGCUGACCAAUAGGGGCAGUUCACUCAUCAGCAUCCGGGGUCCAAUGGUCCAGUCAAACUGUGGAGCUCUGGCUGAGUCCACCUCACACACUCUGCAAGAUCAAGCUGGGAAGGAAGAUAAGGAGCAGCACGGCGGCAGCACCCAGAAGGACUUGGCUGUAAUAGCAGGUGUGGUCACAGCGGUUGUCUUCAUCGCCGUGUGCGCUCUGGCUGUGGUGAGCCGACUCCUUUAUCAACAGCGGCAGGCCCAGAGGAACAGCAGUAUAAAAGAGGAGCACAGACACAGCACAUACACAGACUACAGGACUGAGCUGCACCUCCACAACUCUGUCAGGGACAGCGUGAAGGAGUACUACAUCUGAACACAGCGUGCAGCCUCUGCCACAAACUCUGACAAAGGACUUCUAGGUGGAUGCAUGGCUGUAGUAAGAACACGCCCCGGUGCCCUGGAAGCUCCUGGGGACACUGUGCAUUCCUGCAGCCUACGGUUCCCUCUCUAAAUGCUCCUGUACAAGCUAGUGGCUGAAUCUUUGCAGCUGUUAGUGUGUGUGACGUUGGUGAAAUUGUCAGAAUCAAACUGCUGUGGUUUCUGUCAUUGCAAAAUGUGUAAAGCAUAAGAUGAAUGUCCUGCAGAGAUGGACAGAGGGAAAGCCUGAGCACAGGUAGCAGAAGCUGCUGUCCAUCCUGAAUGCACACGACUCAGUGUUGUGUCUGAACUCCUCCCACCCUCCCAGAGCAGCGGGACUCCUCCCACCCUCCUGGAGCGGCAGGACUCCUCCCACCCUCCCAGAGCGGCGAAACUCUUCCCACCCUCCUGGAGCGGCAGGACUCCUCCCACCCUCCCAGAGCAGCGGGACUCCUCCCACCCUCCUGGAGCAGCAGGACUCCUCCCACCCUCCCGGAGCGGCAGGACUCCUCCCACCCUCCCAGAGCAGCGGGACUCCUCCCACCCUCCUGGAGCAGCCGGACUCCUCCCACCCUCCCGGAGCAGCGGGACUCCUCCCACCCUCCUGGAGCAGCCGGACUCCUCCCACCCUCCCAGAGCAGCGGGACUCCUCCCACCCUCCCACAGCUUUGGGAGCCUCUAAUCUGUUGAUGAGAAUGAGGAGCUGUAGGUUGGGCCUGUAACAUAUGCGUGCAUUUGCUGCUGUUUUUGUUUUGGGUAGUUGUUUUUUUUUGUAGUGAUGGUGGACGCUGAGGUGAUGGGGACAACACUGCCUUUACUGUAUGAGUGCCUACUUUACAUUUGUGUUCGUGGGUUUGAUUCCAUUACAGUAUUUUAUGUUUUCUGCUUUGAUCUGGCUCCAGGCUAAACCUUCUACUUAAGUAGGAGCUUACUGUUGUGUGACCAACACCACGUAAAGUCACCUCUCACCAUCACACCACCCCCUCCUUUUAUCCAGAGCAAAAGGAGACAGUUUCUGUCCUCUGAGUCAUUUCCACUUCACCAGCUGAACGGGGCAGAAAAGGAGACCAGGCAAACUCAAAGCCUCAUUCAUCAAACCCAGAAGGAUCUAAAACAUCUCUGCCAGACCCAGAGAGGUUCUAUAGAGGUGUAUUUAUCUAUGAAAAAAAGUAUUUAACGCCUCUGAUUCCUGCUAAAUGUUCCAGAUUAGACCUGAGUACAAACCUUAGUAAACUGCAGCUUCAGAUUAUUCCAUUUAUCCCCCCAAACCAGCCUGAUUCUGUGUGAAACCUGGCAACGGGCCUGGGAGGCACCAGCUGAUCCCGAGUCAGUGAAGGCUCUCACCACUCUGGAGGAGUUUUGUCCCUCUCUUCUUCCCAGAAUUAUCUCAGAGGGUUCUCCAGCAGAACGCUCUCCUCCAGGAUGCUCUUCUGUAGAGCAGAAUUCAUGGUUCCAUCAGUUACAGCAGGUGGUCCAGUUCCUUACUCAGGUGACCUUUGAUGUUCAUUUGGUUUGUUCAUUUGUAUCAUUGAGGUGAUUAAAAGUCAAACACAGAGCCACAUGAGGGGUUGGGGGUUGAACUCUUCAGCAGCUCUGUAGAGGCCCAAACAUUUACUAGUGUGGAUAAAAUCCUGACAUAAACAAAGUUCAUCAGAUAAAAGCCAUUUUCAGAGGAAUGUUAUUUUAGGCAGGAGACUGGAACAUUUAAAAAGAUCAUGGAAAGACUGAAGUGUGUGACCAAUCCUGAGAUGUAGACAUUAAGCUCAUUAGGAACACCUCCCAGGCUGAAGCCACCAUUGGUGGAAACCAGUCAGCAGUGAUGGUGUUCCAGUUGUUAUUCCGAUGGGAUCAGGACAUAAAUCUGAGGUUUGGCAUGGGGCUUUAGAAGGUAUCGGGUCUGGCAGAUGAGUGAUGCUGACGCUGGAACCACCCUGCUGGUGACACUGGGAGCUGUCACACAGGUGGGCAGUGGACCAGUGAAGUAGGGUUCACAGUAAAUGUUAGGCUGGAGAGGUAGCCAUGGUAACAGGGUGGGGAAACCUCACACUUUUAUGUGCGUGCCAGGAGUCUGACCACGCUGCCUGAAAGUUUUAGUUAUCCAUCCUGGGAGCAACACAUGCAUGAGAGGUCUUCUCGGGGUCAUUAGGAGAAGGUUAGGGGCACCACCACCACCACCAGUAAACCAAAAACCCUUACCUGUUCUAGGCACCUGGCUGGGGACCAGUGCUCAGCCAUGACUCACAAUGCCAGUCAGUCCGGUCCAACGGACCUGAAGAGGUCAACGCCGGUUCUGAUCGCAGUUUGUUUAUGAGGCUGUUCCAAUCCACCAUGAAGCAGCCUCGGUGGUCAUGUGACCUUCACACCUGGACGUCAAUAGAACAAUGCCAUGUUGGGUGUUCAUGUGGAGGUGAUGAGGAACCCGAUGGAACGUUCAGCUGCUUCAGUGAGCAGGGAGAAACACCCUUGUAUACAUCUCACUGUAAUUAGCUGCUUUCCUGUUGUCUGGAGUGCUUCUGGAUGUCCAAACUUCCGUGCUCAGUAACACUAAUGAAUCCCAGUCUAUGUAUGGAAACGGUGACACACACACUUACACACCGUGCGUCAAGCCGUUUGAUAAAUGAGGCUUCAUUCGUGUCUGCGGGUUUGUCUGUGAGGACGUAAACACCUGGAAUACCUGGAGUUUCAGAGAUAAUAGAUGUUGUGUUAAUAUGGAAACACGUGUGACGAGCCACGAACAAACAGAACGCUCUGCAGGAGCUGGUGCUGGUGUUCAGGCAGCAGGGCGGCUCACACCGGGAGCCCCAGGUGCAGCAGAGACGCAGGAACUGGAUUACCUAUCUGCUACAUCACAUGUUCGGGUGGGGAGGGGGCAUUAGGGUGGAAUCACUGCUGCCUUUCUAAGACUGUCGGGCUUGUUUUUCCAGAGAACAAACCAGCAACGCUGGGCUUUGUGCAACCUCCAGAAACAAAUCAGACUAAUCUGCUACCUGACAGGCUGUUUAUCCUCCGUGUGAGCUGCGCCGCUGGUUCUGGGUUUCUCAAGCCAAAUCUUUUUAGGGAUCGUUCACCAGUUGAGAAAAAUCCAAACUGCAUCUGGUCCCUAGACGCAUCAGAAAAUGUUUAAGCGCGGGCGAUGUCAGAGGAAAAUGGUGAAAACAAUCCAGUUUGGCUUGUCUCGCCCUCCUUCUGCUUUCUGUCAACAUCAGCCAUGCGCAGCCAACAGGUACAUGAAGGUAAAGCCCAAAGACGAGCCCGGCCAGUGGCUUCUGCUGUCUCAGCAUCCUGGAGCAAACUUUGUUCUUCUUCCAGGGGCGUGGGGGAGGGGUCUGAGCUUUGGACCGAUGCACUGAUGGACUGGAGCUCCUUGAUGGCUGAAGACACAGGAGACAAGCAUGAUGAGUAGAGACAAAGGGUCCUUCCUGUGCAUGUCCUGCAAGCUCGCCUCAAAAUAUGAUAGUGUGCAGAUUUCCUGUAACAUGAAAUGAAUACAUACCUCUGAGUGUUUAGGUUAUAUAACGUGGUCACUUCUUAAUGAUUUGUAUAGCUGCAGUUUUAUUAAGGAUCUAAUGUAUAGAUGUAUAAUUUAAUAAUAAAAUAGAAUAAAUUGUUGAUUUUUU